AUGUAUCCUUCAAAGGCAGUGCUGAAGGUGAACGGCGAUCUGGAUUCGAUGACGGAGAACUGGUCGCCAGAAGAGCGCAACUCCAAGAGAAGGCUGGUUCACUUCACUAGACGCCAGACUGGUAGCACUAUUCAUGCUGAUUUCAAGUCGGUCUCACCGGCCGAUCGCGUACCCAAUAGCAUCUGCAUCAGCUGCAUUUAUUGGGAAGGCAAGAAAGAGUGCUACGUGACUAGCGUUGAUACCAUCUACCUUCUUGAAUCCCUCGUUGGAGUAAGAUUCACGGUCGAGGAGAAGAAUCGCAUCCGCAGGAACUUGGAAGGUUUCCGCCCUCUGACUGUUUCCAAGGCAAAACCGGAGAGCGAGGACUUUUUCAAGGUCAUCAUGGGCUUCCCGAAUCCCAAGCCGCGCAAUAUCGAGAAGGAUGUGAAGGUUUUUCCGUGGAAGAUCCUUUCUCAUGCGCUGAAGAAAAUUAUUGGGAAAUACUCCGCAAGCUACUCGUCUACUGCAGGCACUCUGGCAACGCACAUUAGCCCCAAUUAUGUUAGCACACCAGAUGGCAGCGCGGAUCUUCACGCCACAUCUCCAUCAAUUUCUGAUACGGGCGCCGCUGCCGCAUAUGCUGCCAACGUUUCCGCAAGUGGCAUAUCGCCGCAUCUACGCGGGCCAAAACAAGUUCUUGAUAACGCUCCGGUUUCUGGUUCCGUUGACCUUCGAUUAAUGGUAACCAGCAACAGCAAUAACAACAACCGCCAUUAUUCGAACCUGCCGGCUCCAUACCCUUACCAGAACAUCAACCACCCGCAGCCUCAGGCUGCACCAACUGCAGCUGGUAAUCGCGAUUCGUGGGACUUUGGCGCGUUCGUCAACGCCAGCUCAGGCACCACUACCGGUCCCACCCAUUCGCUCAGCUAUCCGCGCCAGAACCACCUGGGGAAUGUUAGCCAAGAUUAUAAUACUCAACCCGUAUAUCCGCUGGGCCAUCCAACCACUGGACCAUAG